CUUUCGGAGCUCGUCCUCCUUCCCUGCGCCAACUGCCAGCGGUGUCACCGAGGCCGGGUUGCCGCCGGAGAGUGUCCGAGCCUCUUAACCCGAACGGUAUCGUAACGGGGCUUUAGGGGGCCGCCUCCCCCAGCUGACGACGGUUAAUACCGGUUUGGAUCCCACGCCUCGCUCUUUCCCGAUGUCGGACUUCAAGUUGGGGAUCGUACGGCUCGGCCGUGUGGCCGGGAAGACAAAAUACACACUGAUUGAUGAGCAGGACAUCCCUCUUGUGGAAAACUAUGCCUUUGAGGCACGCAUGGAGGUUGAUGCAGACGGUAAUGGCGCGAAGAUCUUUGCCUACGCUUUCGAUAUUGGCAAGGGUCGCUGGGCGGGAAGGCCGCUGCACGAGCUUCUCUGGGAGAAGCACCGAGGAGGCAUCGCCCCAAGUUUCCAAGUCAUUCACAUCAACUCUGUGACGGUUGACAACAGGCUAGACAAUCUGCGACUGGUCCCCGUGGGCUGGAGUCCCAAACCGGAAGAGAUUUCCAGCAAGCAAAGGGAGCAGUCACUGUACUGGCUGGCCAUCCAGCAGGUUCCGGCAGACCCGGUGGAGGAGCAGUACCUGGAGCUGAGUCGCACACGCUACUACAACGCCAAUGGCGAGCUGGUGGAGGAAGAGGAGUGCUCGUGCACGUACUACGAGUGCCAUUACCCGCCUUGUUCGCUCAUCGAGCGGCGGCUCCGGGAGUUCAACAUCUGCGGCCGCUGUCAGGUGGCUCGCUACUGUGGCUCGCAGUGCCAGCAGAGAGACUGGCCCGCCCACAAGAAGCAGUGUCGGGAGCGCAAGCGGGCACUGGCCCUGGAGUCGGAACCGGAGCGGUGAUCGGCAAAAAGGGAACGGGAGGGGCGGGGGGGGAGGAAUACAGCGUUUUGAUAUUCGGGUUGAGGGCGUGGGGAAGGCGAGAGACUGAAACCACAGAGACAAUGGCGCUCGCCUCACUGGUGGAUUGGAAGUAGGCGAUUAAUAGACAUCGGCAUACACUUCCACAACCGUAUAAUUCCCCUUGCUUCUCACAUGGACGACAGGGAAAGUUUUUUUGUUUUUGUUUGUGUUUUUGGGGGGUUGGUGACACCCUCUGAGCUCGACCUGCUGCUGCUAAUCGUUUCGCACGCGAGAGGUAACGACUUGUCAUGCCGACAAACUGGAUCACGCUCGGAUACGGACGCCAUCUUCUGUUCGGAUUGGAUCACACUAACAGUAUUUUGUGCGCGUGCGUUGUAUGUUCUGCCAAGGACUCAGUGUGUGUGUGUGUGUGUGUGUGUCUGUGUGCGCCCGCGCGCGCACAUAUCUUCCAAAAGGGGCCAUAUUCCAAUUUAAUUUUAUAUUCAGUCUAAUUAGACAUUUUCACUGUUUUGUAAUAAAGUAGCUGCCGAAUUGUGGCUUUUAUUUUCAUCAUUUGUUUUUGCAGACAGCGGUACAAAUUUCAACCAUUGAACUCACCUUUGUGUAUCUCUCCACUAUUUAUGAACAUCUCUGUUGAAUAUUUUUGAAGAAUAUGUUUGUAAAGCUGGGUGUUCCGAAAAAGUUGACAUCUGCGCGUCAUAGCAUAGUCUUUUUUUCUUUUUUUCCCCCAUGUUUUCAGACAACCAGAAAAAAAAAACAAAUUUAGCAAACAUCAGUCCACUUCCCUUGACUUAAGACUGCACAAGGCAAAAGUUUUAGGAAGCUCACUGGUACUUUUUUAUUGAUUUAAUGACAGUUAAACAUGACUUGGCCAAUUAUGCCGUUAGGCUAGUGAUGUGAAGUAAAUAUUACAAUUUCAACGAUACGUUCAAACUAUCGACUUGAGAACAGAUGUUCAGUAUGCACUCCUCCUGUGACAUGCCACGUCUUCCGUUUUGCGUUCCACUUUUUUUUUGUCUUUAAUUUUUGGGGGGUCUAAAUCUGCUGUCAGUUAAUUUUUUUGUUUGUUUUUUAUUGAAUUUCCUGUGAAUUGCUCACUGCACAUUCUGAUUCACGAAGGUCUUUUCAAUGCUAGUGAAUGUCAUUGAAGUUAAACGUUUUUGAACAUCUUUAAAUUCAGAUCAUUUGAGCGAGAAAUGCCUGUUAGUACACCACAAAAUGAUGUCGGAAUUUUUGGAACACCCUCCUUUAAAUUUUUUUGUUAUUAUUAAUAUAUAUAUUUUUGGGUUAUCUGAUUAAAAAGACAUUUUUUUUCUGUUUAUCUGAAACUAGCUUUGUGGAGAUUGAUGCUUUUCAAUGGAAAGUGACCGUUUGGUACUUUUGGCAUCGCUAAUUAAUGACAAGAAAACAAUACUCGAUUAAAAUGAUGACGGCACUGUUUUUCAUGACUUAAGUCCUUCCAUUGGUAUUGUUGCGUGUGUAUGUGUGUCUGUUUUUUUCGGGGAAGGGGAGGGGGGGGAAUUCUAUCAAUGGAGCUCUAUUUAUUUAAAGUAUUUGUGAAACUUUUUUUUUUGUGGUGGUGAUAUUUGAAGGCAAACUGAAGUGGACAGACAGUAUAGGACGGUUUUCAGCUUUUUCUUUACUUUGAAAUCGUGUUAGAGCGAGGCACUACUUAAUUGUUUUUUUUUUUCGCACCCCUUCCAGGUUUCCUCCACAAAAAAAAACACUGUUCACUGAAAUCUUCCACAACGUUGAAAAACUUGAACCCCCGCCCCUCCUGUUUGCUUUUGGAGAUUUUUUUUUUUUUUUUUUUACAAAGUGAACCACCUCCUCGUUUUGUUGUGUGUCGACUUUUUGACUUGCGCCUUCACCCACAAUGCACAUGCUUAGUAUGUCUUCUCUGAUGAGUCCAGACACUUGGAGCAUGUGUCCCACGUUGACAUGCGACUCAUUGAUUGUGUAUUUUGUAAGUGUGCGUGAACGGGUUUUCACCACUGCGUUAAAAGCCCGGUCCCUUGUUAGCGCGUUUGUCCUAGACAGGGUGUGAUUUCAACUAUCACCCUGCGCUCUUUUUUUUUUUUUUUU